GAGAGCCCGAAGAGCGGGUAGCCGAAUCAACGAGUUCGAUAUGACUUUACUUAAAUUCAGCCUCUCGACAUGCCUCUUGCCUGCAAUGAAAACAACUCCGUACGAUGAGUCACAUUUUGAAUAUGCUCGCAUUUAGUGCAUUUGGUGCAACCUCUUUAGUUCUGUUCAAGGUACUCUAUAACAUCUUCCUACAUCCCCUCCGACACUACCCAGGACCAAAAUGGUGGGCUGCCACUCGCCUCACCUGGUCCCAUUCCUUGCAAUCAGGGACGUACCACCUUAAGCUCGCCCAAUUUCACAAGCAAUAUGGCCCAGUGGUGCGAGUUGCUCCCGAUGAGCUGUCUUAUAUCGAUCCCGAAGCCUGGAAGGACAUCUACGGUAACCGCAACAUUCCAAAGAACCGGGUGUGGGCUGGCCAAGAAGAAGAAUAUCGUCCUAUUAGUAUCGUCAGUACGGAUGAAGCAACUCAUUUGCGGAACCGCAGAGCACUUGCUGGAGCAUUCACCGAGCAUGCGAUCACCGAACAUGCACCUUUGCUCGAAGGACUUGUUGAGACCAUGAUGCAGAAGUUCGCCGAAGCAGCCAAGCAGGGCGACAGAUCCGCUAUUGUAGAUUUCACAGAUUGGUUCAACUGGCUGACCUUCGACAUCUCGGGCGUCCUCUCCUUCGGCGAGUCCUUUGGAAGCGUAGCAGCCGGGCGUGCACACCCCUGGGUUGAAAUCAGUUGCAGUUUCGGCAAAGGCAUUGCGCUCAUGGCUUCUAUCAAUUUCUUUCGCCCGCUGGAUAAAUUGCUGAAGCUCGCUAUGCCAAGGGGGGUCAUGGAAAAGAUGAAAUAUCAUAAGGAACUGGCUCAUGCGAAGUUCAUGCAGCGUCUCGCGAUGGAGCAUAAGGAGAAGGCGCAAGACUAUGUGGGCUCGAUCCUGGCGUAUAAUCAAGAGAAGGGUGAGACGAAGAUUUCAGAUGAGGAGAUUGAAAUGAACAUGACUGUGCUUAUUUUUGCGGGGAGCGAGACUACGAGCACUUCGCUGACGGCGAUACUUACCCAGCUUCUGCAAAACCGAGCGGCCCUAACGAAAGUCGUAACAGAGGUUCGUGAGAAUUUCACGAAAGAAGAAGACAUCAACAUUGCCAGUAUGGGGAAGCUGGCAUAUCUCGAUGCCGUGAUCCAAGAGGGCAUCCGAAUGGGCCCUCCAGUAGCCGUGGGUUUACCUCGCAUCACCCCGAAAGAAGGCGAAAUCAUCUAUGGCCAAUACGUACCAGGCAAUACUUUCAUCUCUGUGAACCAAUACCCAACAUUUCGGUCCGCCCUGAACUUCACCGACCCCGAUCUAUUCGUUCCAGAACGCUUUCUACCAAACUCGCCGUAUCCCUCCGAUCGCAUCGAUGCGUUCGUGCCGUUCCUGCUCGGACGGCAUAAGUGCAUGGGGCAAAAGCUCGCUUGGGCAAUCAUGCGGCUGACGUUGGCACAGCUGUUUUUCAAAUUUGAUCUAGAGGCAGCUGGGCAGGUUGAUGAUUUUGGGUUACAGAAUAAUUAUAUGUUCUGGGAGAAGAGAGCGCUCAAGGUGAAGAUACGGCCCAGAGGAGGGCUAGAGUAGUUUGGUCGGUGGAAGUGGCUGGCUGAGGUGUUUAUAUUCUGCGGCGUGAUGGUUUUCCGAUAUGGAAUUAGGGUCCUGUGAGAAUGCGUUCGAACUCUAAUCUAGAAGCAUCACAUUUUAUAUCGUGGUAGGAUAAUAUAUCGUGCUCCAAGAUAUGAAGAUGGGACCCGUAGUUGAGGGAGAUGAUUGCUGAAAAGUAAAUGCAGAGGAGGAAUCGAUUAGGAGGGAAGUCUAUCUGCGCCGCAUAGCAACUCUGAUUUCUAUCCAUAACCUGAUUACUUGCUACUAUACCACAAUAUAAUAUCGAUCUUGGGUUGCG